UUAUUAUUCAACUAUUUCGCUAUUCAGUUACAUGUACGAGAAGAAGUAACACUUCACGGAAUUUAGAUCCAGGAAGUAUCUACACAGAAACUCAAAGUUAUAGUGAAUUGGUUGAAAGUAGUGUUUGAAAGAAUAAUAUACAGAUUGGCAGCUGUGUGUUUUUUCUUUACGAUCAGAUAAAAGAUAUUUCAAAAUGGACGUACAACUGGAUCAUGUAUAUAUUACACAACCUAGCUACUUUUAUGUAACCGAUUUCGAAAAGAAUUUUAACUACAAAAAUGGCCAUGAGUGGAUGAAGGAUAAUCAUAUAAUUUCUUUUUAUUGCUGUGCUCUUUACCUUGUGCUAAUUUUUGGUGGACGUUAUUACAUGUCGAAUAGACCAAAAUUCGAAUUAAGAAGACUGCUUGCUAUUUGGAGUGGAUCUCUAGCAAUAUUAUCUAUUAUUUUUUUUGUUAGAACGUUACCGGAAGUUUAUAACAUAUUAAGCAAUCAUGGAUUCUACCACAGUAUUUGUACAGCUAGCACAUAUGAUCCAGUAAACAGUUUUUGGUCAUGGUUGUUUUGCCUAUCGAAAGUGCCAGAAUUGGGCGACACAUUUUUCAUUGUGUUACGGAAACAACCAUUGAUAUUUCUACAUUGGUACCAUCACGUGACAGUUCUUCUUUAUACAUGGUACUCUUGUGUAGAAAUCUCAGGAUACUCCAGGUGGUUUACCAUAGUAAACAGUUUCAUUCAUUCUUGGAUGUACUCUUAUUAUGCUUUGAAAGCAAUAAGAUUCAAACUACCAAAAUGGCUCGCUAUGACAAUUACUAUACUACAGAUAGCGCAAAUGUUUUGGGGUAUAUUUGUAACCAUAUCGGCGUAUUAUUACGCAUAUAUUGCUCAAAUUCAGUGUAACGUUCCCGUUAAGAAUCUCACAUUUACUACGUUAAUGUACCUCAGCUAUCUUAUGUUAUUCGUCAAUUUUUUCAAACAAACUUAUUUUUCUAACAAACGUGCAAACAAAGUCGAAAGAAAAAGUCCAACUAAGACUGAGUGAAAUACGUAAAAGCUAGCACUGCUUUGGGAAAAUAUAUUUUGUCGAAAUCUCUUGUCGCUGGAUGUUUUCUACAAAAAAAAGAAAAAAAUAGUUGACUCAUAUAUGUCGGAAACUUAAUUUAAGAGAUAUUCUAACUUUAAUUUUUAAAAUCUAUCGCAUGAAAAAUAAGGACAAUAUCAAUACAAAAAUAUCGAUCCUGUCAAACAAUUAAAGUCAAAAUAUCUCUUCCAUUAAUAAUUCACACACACAUGCGCGCGCACGCACACAAACAUAUACAUAAAUUUGUUUAUAAUGCAUUACAAAAUACAUUUAAAUCCACUUAAAAAAAUAAAGUUAACUUCACAUGAUCUCUAUACGUUUAUUUACAAGAUUUAGAUCCCAUGUUGUUCAAUUCCAUAAACUGAAAUGAACAAAGAAAUUACAAUUAUAAAUAUUAUUCUUAAAAAUUUGCAUUGAAAUUCACUAUUAUUUGUACUGCUUUUCUAUAAUAGAAAAAUUCGUGAAAAUUCUAUUGUCUAGCUUGAAUCCUAUCAUUAUCUAUCAUUGUCUAUCUCUCUUUUGAAGAUAUUAAAAAAACUUCGUUUUUUUAACGUAAAAUCGAAGGGACCAUAAUACGGCAAUAAUGAUUGUUUUGUAGAUGGAGGGGUUUCAGAGAUAUUAAUAUGACUUUUUAAAAUGAAAAUAUAUAUUUUUUAAUAUCUUGCCACGCAUGCAGAAGUCCUAUAAAUGCUAUGCAUGCCGAUAAUCACUUAUCUUAAGACUAAGAAUACAAUAAAUGAAUAACGUUACAGUUUUCAUAGAGAUAGGUACGUAUAUUUAUUUGCUCACUUCUCAAUAUAUUUAAUUAUGACCUGGGAAAAAUAAUUUAUUUGUUACUUCUUAAUAAUUUUCACCCAUCGGAAGGCGACAAUAAACUUACAAUUAGUGACAUCAUUCCGACGAAUUAAAAAAAGAGUCACAAGUGAGAGUGAAGGAAGUGAUAGUGGAUAUAAUAAUACUGUUUUGUUGAAAGAACAGUUUGCUAUCUGAUAAGAAGGAAAAAAAUUAUGAAGCGUACAAUUGGUCACGCGUAUCUACGGAAUAAUAGCUAACGCAAAGGAUUAAUGCACUGAUCAAUGCAACUCGACAUUCUUUAUAAAAAGAAAAAAAUAUUAACUCAUAUAUGUCGAUAAUUAUUAGAUUUAAAGAUAUUUGAAACUUAAUUCCAUAAAUAAUGUUCAAUCUCGAUUAAAUCUUUUAUUAUUAAAGUAUCAACGCACUAUCUACAUUUGAUUUGUUCAUAAUGUAUUUUGUCCUGAUUUCUGGUCUAUUUCCGUACCAAAUU